AUGGGUGAAAAGUUAAGCCAGGACAAAAUCGAGUACAACGACAAUCGGCUUGGCCCUGCGCAAGCCAUGUCAGAAGAAGAGUUUGCAAACGUCGAGAAGAAAUUGAAGCGCAAACUCGAUAUACGUCUUAUGACCAUGGUUUGGCUUAUCUUUGUGCUGAACUAUCUGGAUCGUAACAACAUCGCAGCGGCAAAAGUAGCGGGGAUUGCGAAGUCUCUACACAUCAACUCGACACAAUACGCGACAGCGGUUGCAAUCCUAUUCGUUGGCUAUGUGAUCAUGCAGAUCCCAUCCAACAUCUUCCUAACUCAGAUUCGACCUUCUUUGUAUCUCCCCUGCAUCAUGGCAGUUUGGGGAUUACUGUCACUGGCGACAGGCUUUGUGCACAACGCUGCUGGUCUAUACGCAACCCGCUUCUUCCUUGGUUUCGUCGAGGCGGCCUUUUACCCUGGUGCACUGUUCCUUCUCUCUUCAUGGUACACGCGAUCUGAGCUGGGUGUCAGAAGCGCCUUCUUGUUCUCGGGCAGUCAGCUGGGCAGCGCCUUCUCUGGACUCAUUGGUGCAGGUAUCCAAUCUGGAUUGGAUGGCGCCCGAGGCCUGGAAUCCUGGCGGUGGCUUUUCAUCAUCGAGGGUUCAAUUACAGUCUUUAUCGCACUACUUGCGGUUUUGGUCCUUCCCGAUUGGCCAUCCACCACUCGUUGGCUUACUGAGACCGAACGCGCUGUUGCCGAAUGGCGUCUUGUCAAGGACGCUGGCCAGGUCGACGAGGACGACGAAGAUUGGUCGUACGGAUUCAAAGCCGCCUUCCACGACUGGAGGCUUUACGUAUUCGCCUUUAUAUUCCUUUGCAUCCAGGUCGCUUCAGCAACAUCAAACUUCUUCCCGAGCGUUGUUCAGACUCUGGGUUUUAACCGCGUCAAUACCUUACUCCUCACGGUACCGCCGUACAUGUUGGCUCUCUUCGUUUCCAUCGCCAACAACUGGUCGGCAGAUCGACUGAAGAAUUCAUCUUUCCAUAUCAUGUGGCCGCUCGGGUUCGCUAUUCUAGGAUUCGUUAUCGCUGCCGCCUCGUUGAACACCGGUGUGCGCUACUUUGCGAUGAUCCUCAUGGUGGCUGGUGGUCAUGGUAGCAACGCGGUGUGCCUCGCUUGGACCCAGAAAACGAUGCUGCGUCCCCGUGUCAAACGCGCCGCCGCUGUUGCCUUCGUCAACGCGAUUGGAAAUACUAGUCAGGUCUGGACGUCCUACCUUUAUGCCGAUCACAGUGCUCCACGGUAUGUACUUGCCAUGAGCGUCAACUCAGUGUUCGCACUGGUUGCUAUUUUGACCGCUGGUGUGAUGCGCAUCGUUCUCCAAAGAGCAAACAAGCAGAUUGAGCGAGGCGAGAAGUCUGUCGCGCAGGCGAUGAAGGGAGAGGCUCGUGCUGAUAUUGCUGGUUUGACAGAGGCGGAGAACAGAGAGCGCAUGGAGAGCUUCCGAUACAUCACCUGA